ACAAAUGAACCAAACUCCCUAAUUCCUACAUGAACCAAAUUCCCUUAUUCGAAACGAAACAGAGUUCACAUCGAAACGAAAAAACAAUAAACCCAAAUUCCUAAUUCCUCAUUUUCACAAAAUCAAACUUGUCAAGAUUUAAAGAUCGAUCAACAAUGGAGUGUGUUUUCGGAUUAGUAGGCAAUGGAUUCGCAAUUAUUGCAGCAGAUACAUCAGCGGUGAACAGCAUUUUGGUGCACAAAACCAACGAAGACAAGAUCAUGAAGCUCGAUUCUCACAAACUCUUGGGAGCCAGUGGCGAAGCCGGCGAUAGAGUUCAAUUUACGGAGUUUGUUCAGAAGAAUGUUUCUUUGUAUCAGUUCAGGAAUGGUAUCCCUUUGACUACUGCUGCCGCUGCUAAUUUCACUCGGGGUGAACUUGCUACUGCCUUAAGAAAGAAUCCAUACUCAGUCAACAUAAUUCUAGCUGGUUUUGACCAAGAAACUGGACCAUCAUUAUACUUUAUUGACUACAUAGCGACUCUUCACAAGGUAGAUAAGGCAGCAUUCGGCUAUGGUUCCUACUUUGCUCUCUCCAUGAUGGACAGGCAUUACCGUAGUGAUAUGUCAGUUGAUGAGGCCAUCAAACUGGUUGAUGAUUGCAUAGUGGAGAUCAGGACUAGGCUUGUUGUAGCUCCACCUAAUUUUGUGAUCAAAAUUGUUGAUAAGGAUGGAGCUCGUGAAUUUGCCUGGCGUGAAUCCAUAAAAGAUCAGGCCGUUGCAGAUGCAAAUGCUGCUGCUGUAUCUGCUUCUGUCUGAGGGUAUCUGGUUGUUCAGUAGUGAAAAAUAGGCCGUUUUUUAUACUUUCUGAAGGUGGUAGCGUUGAUAUAACAAGAUGAUUUACUAUGUUUUGAAACUGUAUGCCCUUACUUUGGAGUUGUCAUCUUGAGAUUUUACCCCACUGUUAUAAUUAAUGCUGAAACAAUCAUCAAAUUGAUUGAUCUAGUUCAUUUAUCACAAUGCUAAUCUUAACUUGUAUGAGAA